AUGUCAGGAGCUAGGCAUUGGGAGCAAGACAAAGAAGCCACUGUCUACAUAGGCAACAUCGACGAGCGAGUUACAGACAGCUUGAUCUGGGAGCUCAUGCUCCAAGCCGGACGAAUCGUCAAUGUACACCUCCCCAAAGACCGAGUAACGCAGACGCACCAAGGGUAUGGCUUUGUAGAGUUCAUCAGCGAAGAGGAUGCAGAGUACGCUGCGCGGAUCAUGAACCAGGUGCGGUUAUACGGGAAGCCGAUUCGAGUUAAUAAGGCCUCAGCAGAUAAGCAAAAACCCGUUGAAGUAGGCGCCGAGCUCUUCAUUGGCAACCUUGACCCCCUCAUCGACGAGAAAACCCUCUACGACACCUUCUCGCGCUUCGGCGCCCUCCAAUCGCCCCCCAAAAUCGCACGGGAUGAAUCCGGGCUCAGCAAAGGCUACGGCUUUGUCUCCUACAGCACAUUCGAAGCCUCCGACGACGCGAUCGCGAACAUGAACGGGCAGUACCUCAUGAAUAAAGACGUGUCCGUGCAAUACGCCUACAAGAAGGAUGGGAAAGGAGAGCGGCACGGCGAUGAAGCGGAACGUAUGCUUGCAAGCCAAGCGAAGAAACAUAACAUUCUUCCUGAGGCGCAGCAGAUGCCUGCACAGUUGCUAUUGAACGGGAAUGUCCCCGCAGGACCAGCAGCAAUGAUCGAUAUGUCCAUGCCCAUGGGCGGCAUACCGGCAAACCCCAUGGCCGGACCCCCUCCUUCUCUCCCCCCUGGAUUCGGCGGCCGGGGCCCACCACCAGGAAACUACAACGGCGUUCCACCACCGCAACAACAGCAGCAGCAGCAGCGGGUCAACGCCCCCUUACCUCCCCCGCCCUCAGGAUUACCGCAACGCCCGCCGCCGAGCCAGGCAGGCUACGGAGGACCGCAAGACUUCCACCCCCCGGGCUUUGCGCCGCCGCCGGGGUUCCAGCAGCCAGGAGGGAUGCCGCCUGGGUUUGGAGCGCCUGCGGGACAGCCGAUGCCGCCGCCGGGCUUUGGGAUGGGACCUCCUGGUUUUCCGCCGCAGCCAGGGCAGGGACAGGGACCGCCGGGGUAUGGGAGGAGGUGA